AUGGCCACAACCAACGGCCACCCAGCAACACCACCACCUACAACCGCGUCUGUCUCCAUUCCCGACCCAAAACCCACCACAACGACAACUCUCGACGACAGCGCUCCCAUAUCCUCAACACAAGACGAUGGUCUCUCCCGCCGUCCCCGCGACGCCCGCCUAAUUCACCUAAUCCUCCACGCCCAAGGUCUCCACUCCUACCAAGAACGCGUUCCCCUCCAACUCCUCGACUUCGCCUACCGCUACACCUCCGGCGUACUCUCCGACAGUCUCCGCCUCGCAUCAGAAGGAUACGCCAACACAAACGAAAGCCGCAACAAAAAAGGCGCUGGCGCAGGUGACGAGGGUAACAUCACUGUCACAGCGCUUCGACAAGCAAUCGCCAGUAGAAUGAGCUAUACGUUCGCGGGCGCGUUGCCGAAGGAGUUCAUGAUGAAUGAGGCGGCGGAGAGGAAUCGGGUGGCGCUGCCGAAGAUUGAGAGGGGUUUUGGCAUGCAGUUGCCGCCGGAGAAGUAUUGUUUGACGGGAGUUGGGUGGGGGUUGAGGGAGGAGUGGAGUGAUGAGGAGGAUGUGCCGAUCCAGCAGGAUGGGGUGAGGGCGGAGGAGAGGGAGGAUGAGAAGAUGGGGGGUGUUGAUGGGGUGGAGGAUGAGGAUGAGGAGGGAGCGGGGAGGAUGGAGGAUGUGUUUGGGGAGGGGGACACGAAUAUGACGCAGGAUUGA